UCUCUCGGUCGCCCUCGCGGGGGGCAGCGUUCUGUCUUUUGAGCUGCAGAUCAGUGGCUGGUGGUCACUUGAGUCCGACGGGGCGGUAGCAUAAGUGUAUUCCUGGGGCCCAAGUGCCUGAUUGUAGCUAGAGCAAGAGAAGAAGAGAAAUAUAUAUUUAAUAUAUAUCUUGGUCUGAUAAUGCCUUGUCUGAUAUUCUGCAAUGUAUGUUUCCAGAAGCCCCGAGGAGCCGCUCUAAAUUUCAACCUGACCAACUGCGGUCAUGUCAUCUGUGGGCAGUGUCUCCAGAAAGGUAAAAAAGGUGAUUGCAUGAUUUGCAGAGUUCCAUGUCGUACAAUACUUCUUUCAAAAAAGGUGAAUUCAGAUAUCCAGUCACUCUUUAUGGGAUUAGAUGGGUUAUGCAGAAAAUAUACCAAAGAAAUCACACAAAUUGCCCAGUUUCAGGAAAAACACAGAAGACAUUUAUUAACACAUUACAAAGAAAAGAUUGCAAAACUGGAAGCAUAUCUUAAGAGAGCAUCACAACAAAUCCAGCAUAUACAACAAUUGCAACAUCGGAAUUCAUCAAAGGAGGUAGAAGUGCCACCUUCAGUAAGGAAAACUGAAACAGUAACUGGCCCAACCAGAAUAUCACUGAUAAAUCCACCGCAAAAUGGAUAUAUGGGUAGUGUUACAUGCAGAAGUUCUCAAUUAUCUGGAAUGACAUUUCAAAGAAACCCAGCAGGAUCUAUAAGAUCAUCUCCAUUAAAAAUGCUCAACAGUGGGAAUUCUUACAUAUCACCAUCGCCAUUUGUAUCAUCACAAAACAGUAGAAAUCAUAUCCCAAAUACAUUUGGACAGAAAUCUACUCAGCAUUAUCAGUCCACAUCUGCAUCUUCGCUCUCAUCUGGGAUAAAACACCCAAUCACUCUUGUUAACCUUUUACAGAGGCAGCAUUUAGGAUCUACUAAUCUUCCUGGACGCUCAUUACAAAAAUGAAAUUACCUGCAAGCUCCAUUUGACCUGAAGAAUUCAUCUAUUCUAUAUUUUAUUUUUAUAGAAAUGUACAUUAGGAUUCUAAUACUUGAUCUGGUUUGAUUAAACACUAUUCGAGAUAAAUCUUUUUUGUUGUUUCUAUUUAUUAUACUUUUUUCCCUGGGUAAUCUUCCCUCUCCAUAACUAUGAGUUCUUUGUGACUUCAUCUUGAUCAACAACUCAUACAGAACUGCUUUGUGAAGCAAUAUGGCACUCUCACUUAUACAAGUCACUAAGUGAUUAUAUUGAUUCAUUUUGCAUGUUUGAAUUGUUUUCUACUGUCCAGUAUAUCUGGCUUCUAUUUAAGCCUGAGUCAACUGUCUUUGAAGGAUUUGAGGCAACCUGAUAUACUUUCUGAAACUAAUUGCAUUUUUUCAUAAUGCAAGCAUCUUGCUGAGGCAAAUCCAUGCUGCCUCAAUAGGCCUACAAUUUGGUGCUAUCCAACUUCAGAGAUCCAACUUUUGAAUUCUGCCCUUUUGGGACAGAUAAUAAAUAUCUAGGAAACACUGCAAAAUGUGCUAAUUUACCAGUAUUGGGAAGGUGAAAAAGACAUUCUAUUUUAAAUUCUACUCUUUGACACAUCUGCUCUUGAAUUCUACUUUUUUCACAGAUGCGUUCAGUGAACCUUUGUAAAAUUUCACCUCUUCACCAUUGUAGUAAAGCAGCUCCACCCACCCAUUAGAACAGAGAAAUGCAAUUUGU